AUGUCUCGAGCACCAUCUCCGAAGUCUCGUCUGAUUCUGACCUGCGAGCCAUGCCGGUCGUCAAAAUUGAGGUGCGACCAACGCAAGCCAAUAUGCAGUCGUUGUCACGCCAGGGGACGCGCGUGCCACUACAUCUCGCAAGUGACCAAGUCGGAGUCGGGACGCUCUUCCGGCGAACGAAGGAGGCCGCUUAUUGCACCUGGUAACGCCUCUGAGGAUUGCGAGAGCGCCCGCGUCCCACCAAGGGCAAUCUCUGCUUCUCUGUCGGUAGAUCUCCCGCAAAGUCUGGACCUUAUCCAUCACGGCCCAGGCUCCCAGCGAUCAUUGAGAUCGAAAUCUGACGAACAAGAAUUUGCCCAGCCUUUACCACAUCUCAACCGAAACUAUCCUGUUCAAAGAAGAAUUCGGGCAGCGGUCUCGUGCGCUCGGUGUCGAAAAUUGAAGGUCAAGUGUGACCGACAGAACCCUUGUGGACGCUGCCGUAAAUAUGGGCAGCAUUGCAGGUAUCUACCUUUUCGACUACAAAAUACGGCCUACCCGACGGGGGAAAGGGAGACGUCAGCGCUGAAAGGCGAUACCAUGAACAAACGAGGUCUCUGGAGAGCUAAACAUUGCGCCGAUAGUCACUGGGUCACUCUCUUUUACUAUGCCGAAAACGUGCUCGAAAAACGCGGAGUUGGAGUAAAUCACUUGGAAAACGACCCUGAACCAUGCCUUUCGAGUGAAAAUCUGACCUUACCAAACUACCCCUUCGUGGAAUGCUGGGAUAGCAAGGUCAUAUCCCACAAAUUGCCGCCCCGAGCAACAAUUGAGCUUCUUGUUCAACGAUAUUUCGAUACCACCGGGAAGAUGUUUCGGAUAAUGGACUUGUCAGCAUUUGAGGUCGAGCUCCAGCACUUUUGGGAGCUACCGGAGCAAGCAAGCCCGGGAUGGAUGGCACAACUUUUACUCAUCAUGAGUCUGGGAUGCGAUUCUCUCAACACGGUGGACGAUGAAUUUGCGACUUCACACGGACAUUUGCCCAAUCUAUUUCUCGAUCAGGCAAACGUUUUCCUUCAUCGUACACCUUUCAUGUUUCGACCAGAUCUCUACACCAUUCGAACUUUAUGUCUGAUGGUCUUGGCCAAACAAAUAAUCCGCAAUUCUUGCUUUGAAGAAGACACGUCGUGGUGCUUGACCGGCACGAUCAAACGUCUGGCUAUGAGCAUCGGCCUGCAUCUAGACCAGCCGAGCAAUACGUUACCGCACCUCGAGUCAGAUGCACGGAGAGCGCUUUGGACGAUAAUCUUGUAUUUAGAUCUUCGUCAGUCUGUCCUGAGCGGAUUGCCAAUUCUGAUAGAGCCUCUGCAUCUUUCGUUUGCGGUAUCUAAUAGCCUGGGAUUCAGCGACUCUCCCUCCCCCCUCUCCAGAGUUUCGACGCCGCAGAGCGCAUCGAAUGCAGCUUGUGAAGAGAUAUUUCAGAAUUUUUUUCGCAAAGUCCUUCCGCUAGCGCACGAGAUUGCGCUGGCCGCAAGAUCAGUUGAUUACUCAUACGAAAAGGCCAUCAGAGAUGAUGAAGAGGUUCGGCAGGUUCUGAGGGAGGUCAGAUGGCUUUCGGCUGAUUUAAGCUCUCCGGCCACACCCCACCACGACUGCUCGAUCUUGCAGUGGGAGGCCAUUCACCUUGACAUUUUGUUCAGGCGCCUACUCCUUGAGCUACACAGACGGUUCGCGUACAAGCCACAGGCCGUGGUCCACUAUGCCGUCUCUCACUGGAGUACUCUCGACUGUGCGGCAGCGAUAUUGGUUCAUCAGCGAAACAUAUGCGAAAAGUCCGAAUCAUCGACGGCCGGCCAAUGGCUGAGUGGGAUCUUUCGGUCUGAUUUCUUCGUUGCUGGUUUGACGGUAUCUUUGUACCUCGUACAAAGCGGCUCCCAGCUAGAUUCACCCACCUUACCAGGAGGCUACGCUCGAGAGACUUUGCUCGAGACGUUGAGAUCUUGCCGCGAUAUCUGGGCCCUGGGAAAGAAUUUAGAUCUAUGCCAGUUCAAGAGGUUUCAGUUUAUUGACCGGGUGAUAUCUACCCUUGACUAG